CUGACAGUCUGCGGAAAGAAGGAGUACGACUGGUUAUUUCCAAAACGAUGGCAUUGAAGGGUAUUCGAGUGGUGGAGUUGGCAGGACUAGCCCCAGCCCCGUUCUGUGCCAUGAUAUUAGCUGACUUUGGGGCUAAGGUUGUUCGAGUUGACAGGGUGAAGUCACAGAUGGGCACAGACAGACUAGGGAGAGGAAAACGAUCUGUGGCUGUGGACCUGAAGAAGAAGGAAGGAGUUGAGGUAGUGAGGAAGAUGUGUUCCAAGGCAGAUGUGGUUAUAGAGCCAUUCAGGACAGGCGUAAUGGAGAAACUAGGUCUGGGGCCAGACACACUCCUAUCAGACAACCCGAGACUUGUGUAUGCCAGAUUGACAGGCUUCGGUCAACAAGGGCCCUGGUCAGCUAGAGCUGGACAUGACAUCAACUAUAUAUCCUUGGCAGGUAUACUUGGUCAGUUAGGAAGGAAGGGAGAACGUCCAUACCCUCCAAUCAACUUAGUGGCAGACUUUGCUGGAGGUGGCCUCACUUGUGCUUUUGGGAUUACAAUGGCUUUGUUUGAAAGGUCAUUAUCUGGCAACGGUCAAGUGAUCGAUUCCAAUAUGGUGGAAGGCUCAGCAUAUGUUGGAUCUUGGCUGUGGAAUUCAAGGGCUAUGCCGAUCUGGGGUAAGGAAAGAGGAGACAAUGUGUUGGAUGGGGGAUCAGCCUUCUACGACACUUACGAAACGAAAGAUGGAAAAUUUGUUGGUGUUGGUGCUCUGGAGCCACAGUUUUUUAAUGAUUUAGUAAAAGGACUUGGACUGAGUGAUGAAGUUUCGCAGUUUGAUGACCCAGUUGAAAUGCGGCAGAAAUUCAAGGAAAAAUUCCUAACAAAGACACGUGAUGAAUGGGAUGUUGCGUUUGAGGGUCUAGAUGCAUGCUACAGUCCUGUGCUAGACUACGAUGAGGCACCCUCACACCCACACAACGUGUAUAACAAAAGCUUCCUGAAGGAUGCCAAGGGACGAUAUUCCCCAGCACCUGCUCCUAGACUGUCCAGGACUCCAGGUGUCGACCAAGUUUAUCCUACUCCGAGGAUAGGGGAACAUACGUCAGAAGUGUUAAAAGAAAUUGGUUACUCACCGAGUGAUAUUAGUAGAUUUAUCAGUGAGGGAGUAGUAGAGAAUGCAGGGUCGUCAAAAUUAUAGUGUAGCUAUUGAUUUACCAAUGCUCAGUUUAACUAUUAUCUAAUGUUUGAUUUAUUACCAUCAAAUGUAGCUAUUUGUGACCAUUUAUCUUUGAUAAUUUCAUUAUUUAUUGUCAUUUAAAUUUGUUGACUAAGUCCAAUUUAAUUGUCCAUUACUGCUAUCUCACUUUAAAUGAGUGUAUGUAGCACUGACGAAGGUCUCAAUGCAGUAAAAGCUUUUAUCAAUCAUUACUGAAAAUUUCCCGAUAAUAGCAAUCACUAGGUGUGAAACUUUUUGUCAAAAAUAUUCUGACAGAAAGUGAUGUAAGAUAUAUAGAAUGUGUGUGUACAUUUAUGAUUCAUGUAAGGCUGGAUAUGGCCCUUAAAACACGAAUAAAUUGUUAUAUUUUUUAUCAAGCGCUGGUAACAACCUGGUAUUUGUAAACAGAUCCCAUCACCUAAACAACUUUAAUGAGCUGUGAUAGGCUAGGGUACCAUGAUAGUUUUAAAUGUGACCCAUUAAAUGGACACUUGUACAGCCAAAACUGCAUCGUUAAUAAUGUCCUUCAAAGUGUUGAUAAUUAAGAGGCAGCAAAAGGACUGUAUAUUGUAUACAAUAUGACUUACAUAUGAUUGAUUGUUAUAUGAAAUGAAGUAAAAUUCAUGAAUAAAUUUAAUUUAAUUUAUGUGAUGCAUUAU